AUGUUGAAUAUUCCGAAAGAAUUGUCUCCUAUUUCUCCGUUUAUUAAAAUUGCUCAUGAACAUAAAACGAGGGAUGUUACUGUUUAUUACUGGAGUAAGUUGCAAUCCUUUUUUUUAUUGUAUUUUGUAGCUCUUAUGCAUGCUACAAAGCUGGCCAUGGAUAUGAGAAAAGACUCGGUUGAAUCAAAAACUUAUUUAUUGUUGCUACUGGAUGAAAUGGAAGAUGUAUGUUUCAUAUUUAAAAAUUUUUCAUUAAAAAAUAGGUUAAGAAACAGAACCCAGAGAAUGAGUCACUUAAAGUAGACGUCAUUGCACAAGCGUAUAUAGAAGAGCAAGCCAGGAAGUUCUUUGCUUUUGCUGAUGGGAAAGAUAGGAAUGGGGAAUUUAACAAGAACGUGGUCAAGGCUUUUUACACUGCUGGGUACCUAUUUGAUGUUCUUGCCGAAUUUGGAGAGUUGGAUGAGGCGAUUGUGGUAAGAUUACUUAUUUUUAUAAACCCUCCUUGUCUUUAGAAUAACCGUAAAUACGCAAAAUGGAAGUCUACUUAUAUUCACAAUUGUCUAAAGAAUGGAGAAACUCCCGUGCCUGGACCGCCACCCCGAGACGAAGGUGAAGAAUUGGCUAAUGAAUUUGCUAAUAUUGAAUUUAAACCACAACCUCCACCUCGAACUUCUCCACCUGCUAGUGGAGUUCCUCAACAUCCAGAUUCACAGGGAUUUGGUUGGAAUCAUCUAAACUCGGCUGGUGGAAAUCCUGCCAGUAAUCAGAACAACUUUUCCCAACCACGGAAUCAGUUUGAUAAUAACCAGUUUUAUGCGCCAUCCGGUCAGGCUAAUUCUUCAUCAAUUGGGCAGCCCUUUGUUCCUCCUGCUAAUCCCUCUUACCAGUACAAUCAUGACAAACCUUCUUACCCUCCAGCGGUCCCCCCUCCUUCAUACGUACCGUCUUCUUUUCCUUAUCCUCCAACUCAAUCGUUCUCUUCUGGGGUUGAUUCCCCCUCCGGUCAAAGUAAUGGAAGCAAAGGUAACUAAAAUAAUAUCAGCAAUUAUAUGCAUUAUUUAAAAUCGUGUCUUUCAGUAAGUCUCGAGGAUUACAUUGAAGCACGUCGUCUUUGCAAAAUGGCCUGCUCAGCCUUGGAUUACGAAGAUGGAAAAACGGCGAUUGAUUUUAUGGAAAAGGCCCUGAAGGUAUUGAAGAAGUGA